CUGUCGUGGGCAGUGUCGUCCGGGCGGCGCUGCGGAGACCUCCACUCAGGACGGCUCCCCCUCCCCGGGCCUCUCCCCUCUUACCCGCGAGUCCCCUCACCUCGUGGGCCUAUCAGAUCUGAUAUCGUCGGGUGAGGUGAGAGCAGGCCCGGGGAGGGUGGUUACCGCUGAAGAGCCGUAGUCGCGGUCAAGAUGAUAGAGGUACUGACAACAACUGACUCUCAGAAACUGCUACACCAGCUGAAUGCCCUGUUGGAACAGGAGUCGAGAUGUCAGCCAAAGGUCUGCGGCUUGACUGAAUCUGCACACGAUAAUGGCCUCAGAAUGACUGCAAGGCUAAGGGACUUUGAAGUAAAAGAUCUUCUCAGUCUAACUCAGUUCUUUGGCUUCGACAUGGAGACAUUUUCUCUAGCUGUGAAUUUACUGGACAGAUUCCUGUCCAAAAUGAAGGUACAGCCCAAGCACCUUGGGUGUGUUGGGCUGAGCUGCUUCUAUUUGGCUGUUAAAUCAAUAGAAGAGGAAAGGAAUGUCCCAUUGGCAACUGACUUGAUCCGAAUAAGCCAGUAUAGGUUCACGGUUUCAGAUUUGAUGAGAAUGGAAAAGAUUGUAUUGGAGAAGGUGUGUUGGAAAGUCAAAGCUACUACUGCCUUUCAGUUUCUGCACCUCUACUAUUCACUCAUUCAAGAGAACUUACCAAUUGAAAGGAGGAAUAGCCUUAAUUUUGAAAGACUAGAAGCUCAACUUAAGGCAUGCCACUGCAGGAUCAUAUUUUCUAAAGCAAAGCCUUCUGUGUUGGCAUUGUCUAUCAUUGCACUGGAGAUCCAAGCACAGAAGUGUGUAGAGUUAACAGAAGGAAUAGAAUGUCUACAGACACAUUCCAAGAUAAAUGGCAGAGAUUUGACCUUCCGGCAAGAACUUGUAUCCAAGUGUUUAACUGAAUAUUCUGAACCAAAUGUUCAGAAGUUGAAAUGGAUUGUUUCUGGACAUACUGCACGGCAACUGAAGCACAGUUACUACAGAAUAACCCACCUUCCAACAAUUCCCGAAAUGGUCCCUUAAUUGGAUUGUUACGGCAACAAAAAGCUCUUCUCUGAAGCCUUUCUCCACAAUCCUGAGCUAUGGAUUCCAUAAUGUUUUAACGGAUUUAAGCUGUGAAGCCUCAGAACAUCACAACUAGAUUAGCAUUGAUGUUCUCAGAUUUGGCAAAACUACCUAAUUAAUAAGCUAUAGGGGAAUUAAAAUAAAUUUGAAUUCAUCUGUGAGGCAUACAAUUCAAAGCUAAGAGCAUAAAUGUGAAAUGUUAAUAACAAGCCUGGGAAGGUGAACUGUGAAUCUUCAUUUCUAACAUUGACCCAACCUUCUAUAUUGGGUCAGUAUAUUGUAUUUAGAUGGUAUUAAAAGUGGUAACCUAAUUAAAUUCUAAAUUAGGAGGUAGACAUCAAAACCAACAUUUCACAAAUGCACUUUUAAGGCAUAACAAGGGUCACUAUUCGAGGCAGUGAAAAUGGUUUCUUGGUACCUGUAGUGCAAGUAAUAGAUAAUCCAGAGACUGAACUUUAUUGAUACGUGGGAAUUAUACUUAAAUUUGAAGGCAUUUUAUAAAAGUAAAACUACAGGCCUAGUCAUUUUGGCA